ACAUAUAGGGCACGCGAUAAGAACAUUUGCGCUAGAGAAUGUGUUUCACAAACAGCCUGAGAAAAUCCAACCGAACGAGCGUGGUAUAGAACCGGCAGAGAAGCAAAAAAAGAGUACAUUUUACUACUCCCAACCACUGUUCCACUACUCUCCAGCAACUAUCAACUGUCACCCGUACGCGUCUGUUUAAGUGUGCGUAGUGUGUUACCACCUGUGUGAGGGUGCCGAUUAAAAACACUCGCGAAUCAUACGGGCCCCCGAGCACCCUCUACGAUCGCGCGCGCGUUCUUUGUGUUGCUCGGGGGGGUUGAUUCUCGCAGUCGAUGGGGUGGUGUGGGUCUUUUCUUUUUUUGGUUGCCAUCCCGGCUGAUCCCCACCACAAUCGCAACAUCUCACACAUACAUACGCGCGCGCAUUGAACCGCGGUGAGAUGACACGACGCUCCGGUCCGGUGUAGCGCGCGGUUCCCGAUGGAGACGCACUGCGGCGUCGUGUCAGUGUCGAUCGUGUGUCGCACCGUACGACUGUGAUUCGGCAGCGGAAUUUGCGCUACACGGAAACGGAACCCGAACAUGUGGCCAAUCAUUGUGAGCGGUACGGCGCUGCUGCUGUCGAUCGCAAUCUGGUGGACGGUGGCGAACUUUGGCAGUGCGCUGCGUUACGCCGGCAAACUGGGCGGCCCGGUAGCGUACCCGCUGGUGGGCAAUGGGUUUCUGUUUAUCAACAAAACACCAGCCGAAUUCCUGCAACUGCUCGGCCGCCUGAUCGCACAGUACGGCAAAUGUUUGCGUGUUUGGCUCGGUACGCAGCUGAUCGUGCUCAUUACCGAUCCGAAGGACAUCGAGAUCCUUCUGAGCAGCCCAAAGUACAUCGAAAAGUCGAGCGAGUACGACUUUGUGCGGCCGUGGCUGGGCGAAGGUUUGCUGAUCAGCAGCGGGCGCAAAUGGCAGACGCACCGGAAGAUCAUUACCCCAACGUUUCACUUCAAAAUACUGGAAGAGUUUAUGGACAUCUUCGACCAGCAGGGCAACACGUUCGUCGACAUACUGCAUCUGUUUGCCAAGUCGGGCGAAACGUUCGAUGUGUUCCCGCUGGUGACACUGUGCGCGCUGGACGUGAUAUGUGAAUCUGCCAUGGGCACUAAGGUGAAUGCGCAGAUGAACUCGGAAUCGGAAUACGUGAAGGCAGUUAAAGAGAUUACCAACCUGAUACAGCUGCGUAUCUACGACUUUGUGAUACGGUACGAGUUCUUCUUCCGCCUGUCGGCCAACCGGCGAAGGCAACGGAAAGCCCUGGCCAUUCUGCACGGGUACACCGACAGUGUGAUCCGGACCAGACGCCAGGAGCUGAAUGAACGUGGUGCCGGUCAUGAUGACGUGCCGGAGGAGGAUGUGCUUGGCCGUAAGAAGCGUAUGGCCUUUCUGGAUAUGUUGCUGCAGUCGACGGUUGAUGGACGCCCGCUGACCGAUCUGGAGAUUCGCGAGGAGGUGGACACGUUCAUGUUCGAGGGGCACGAUACGACGACGUCCGCUAUUAGCUUCAUGCUGCACAGUUUGGCCAAAAACCCGGACGUACAGGAGAGGGCGUUCAACGAGGUGCGCAAUAUCGUUGGCGAUGAUCGCAAGCAGCCGGUUACUAUGGCGAUGCUGAACGAUAUGCACUACUUGGAUCUGGUGAUCAAGGAGACGCUUCGGCUGUACCCGUCGGUGCCACUGUUUGGAAGGAAAAUGUUGCAGAAUACGGAAAUUAAUGGUAAAAUAUUCCCCGCUGGCAGCAAUGUGAUAGUGUUGCCGUUCUUUAUGGGCCGCGAUCCGGACUGUUUUGCCAAUCCGGAGAAGUUCGAUCCGGAACGGUUCAACGUCGAGCGGUCGGCCGAGAAGACGAACCCUUACCAGUACAUUCCGUUCAGUGCUGGACCGCGGAACUGCAUCGGGCAGAAGUUUGCCGUAACGGAGCUGAAGAGUUUGGUUAGCAAAGUGUUGCGCAACUACGAGCUGCUUCCACCGGAACAGGUGCGCGAGGAAACGUUCAUUGCGGAGCUAAUCCUGCGCCCGGAGCACGGCAUACCGAUAAGGGUUAAGCAACGGGUGUACCCAAAGGGGCAACGUGCAACGUGCUGCAGCGUUACGCAAACAACAAAACCAAACGUUACGAGAAUGGUGUACUCCACGCUAGCGGUCCUGCUGGCACUGGGCAGCCUGGCCGCGGUCUACCUGUACCGGCGGUUUGGUGAGAUGCUGAGGCACACCGGCAAACUCGGUGGCCCACCGGCCUAUCCGAUCCUCGGGAAUGGGUUAAUGUUUCUCAACAAAUCGCCCGCUGAUUUUCUACGGAUCAUUGGGGAGUUGAUACAGCGGUACGGGGACUGCUUUCGCGUUUGGCUCGGUACCCAGCUGGUGAUCGUGAUGGGCGAUCCAAAGGAUAUUGAGGUACUGCUAAGCAGCCCGAAGUAUAUCGACAAAUCGACCGAGUACGACUUCAUCCGACCCUGGCUGGGCGAGGGUUUGCUCACAAGCCGUGGCCGCAAAUGGCACACCCACCGGAAAGUGAUCACGCCCACGUUUCACUUCAAAAUACUGGAACAGUUUGUGGAGAUUUUCGAUCGGCAGAGCAGCACGUUCAUCAAGGUGCUCGAACCGUUUGCCGCGUCGGGCAAAUCGUUCGACAUCUUCCCGCAGGUGACACUGUGCGCGUUGGAUGUGAUAUGUGAGUCAGCUAUGGGAACGAAGGUGAAUGCACAGAUCAACUCUACUUCCGACUAUGUGCUAGCAGUAAAGGAGAUCACGAAUCUCAUUCAGCUGAGGUUUUACGAUUUUCUCAUCCGGUAUGACAUUUUCUUCCGCCUAUCCGCAAACGCUCGCAAGCAAAGAAAGGUGCUGCAGGUGCUGCACAGCUACACGGACAGUGUGAUCAAGGGCCGGCGUCAGCAGCUCGCAAGCAUACAGCAAAGUGGUGAACAGCAAGAGGCAAGCGAUCAGGAUCUGGGCAUCAAGAAGCGUAUGGCCUUUCUGGACAUGCUGCUCCAGUCGACGAUCGAUGGCCGUCCGCUGACCGAUCUCGAGAUACGCGAGGAGGUGGACACGUUCAUGUUCGAGGGGCACGAUACGACGACGUCGGCGAUAAGCUUUUUGCUGUACAGUUUGGCCCAAAACCCAACCAUACAGGAGAAGGUGUUUGAUGAGGUGAGGAACGUGGUGGGCGAUGAUCGUACGCGUCCGGUCACCAUGGCGAUGCUGAACGAUAUGAGCUAUCUGGAUCUGGUGAUCAAGGAGACGCUUCGGCUGUACCCGUCGGUGCCAAUGAUUGGAAGGAAGAUGCAGGAAACGACCGAAAUCAAUGGAAAGAUCAUCCCAGCCGGUGCCAACCUGAUCAUUACGCCGUUCUUCCUCGGCCGUGAGGCACGCUACUUCCCCCAGCCGGAGAAGUUCGAUCCGGAACGGUUCAAUGUGGAACGAUCGGCCGAAAAGACGAACCCCUACCAGUACAUCCCGUUCAGUGCUGGACCGCGGAACUGCAUCGGGCAGAAGUUUGCCGUGGCUGAGCUGAAGAGUUUGGUUAGCAAAGUGUUGCGCCAUUACGAGAUUUUACCACCGACCGGGAAGCAGGACGAAUCGUUCAUUGCGGAACUAAUCCUGCGACCGGAGCAUGGUGUGUUUGUGCGGUUGAAGCCACGGGCGUACUAGGGAGGGGAAGACAUAAUCUGCGUAUGUGAUAUGUACAGCUGAGGGAAGUUGUUGAUGUGAUAAAAAGUUUUUGAUUUGAUUGUUACUGUUGCAUUUUGUAGUGCAAAUAGAGGAAGGGUAAACAUGUUAACAAAGUUUUGAAAUUCAUUGUUUA